CAGCAGUGUCCCUCUUUAUCUUCUGGAUUCGGUUGAGCAGGACUUGACCUCGACUUUCGUUCGGCUAUAUGCUCACUCACCAUUGACGACCUGGCCAGUGCUACCUUUUUCCUUAUGGUCAUUCAGGCAUAAGACAUUAGCGGUCGAUCUUCUGCUCAUCUCCCGGACCCAUCGCCGUUAAAUUAUCCAUUCUUUGUGCCAGUUUAUGUCCCGCAUUCCAGUCAUCGCGCAGACAACCGCCGUAUUUCGUGUCCAAUGAAUACGCAUCUGGGUACUACUUUCUAACGGGGAGCAUGGCCUGGAAAGCCGUUGUUUGUUUUAUCAUUCCAGUGGUCAAUCGGUAAACCGAUAACAUAGCUUGAUGUUGGCUGGUUAGGCUGUUUUGUUUCAUAUCGGACUCUCGUUUUGUUUUUAUCUCUCUUACUUCCUGCUUUUCCGUUCAUAGUCGCUUAGAGUUGUUGCACACCGGCCAUUGUCACACACCAUGGAGUUCAAGGUUUCGUUGAGGGACAGACUUCGGAGGACGCGAUCCUCGAUCAUUUCGUUUUCACAACCCAUCACACUCUUUGUCAAGCCAAACGCAUACUUCAACUCGAACACACAGAAACGACCUUCAAGUUCCAUAACAGAACCACCCUGCAUCCCACGCGACGUGGAGAAGGAACUCCGAUAUGCCUGCCACCGACUACAACGGAAGAUCGAACGGGGGAUUCCUUCGUAUAACAACUAUCACCGACCAGAAGUGUCGUGCGAGAGGAGGCACACCAUGGCUGCGCCGGCACCGCAAAUAAACACAGCACCUCAAACACAAUCUCUACCAACGACUCUCAGAUCACCAAGGAACAUAUACUACCCCGGGUUAGAGUUCGACGUCCAGCAAAGCGAGCCAGAGAAGAAAGACGAUAUUUCCGAGCUCUACGAUAAAACAGCCAGAAUUGCCCGUGCCGAAAGCACAUACACUGGACGAUCUGACUUCAGCACAUCCCGUGUCCCAUCAUCCGCUACCAAAGACGGGGCCCACGCUGAUGGCGAGCAGCCACAUUCGUCUGGAGAAACCCUGGUAGAAGCGAACGAUCACAGACUUUCACACGGUCAACGUUACAGCUUAGACGUCGUGAACGAGUCAUACCCCGAAGUCCCUCUCGACUUCAUUAGAGACCUCAACUCGAUGCCUCAUAUAGUCCCCAGCCUAUCCCGGCCUCCCGCUCCAGCACCAGCUCCCGAGCCUACACGAUUAGUCCGUAAGAAACGUAUCGAGAAUCUACAGGAGGAGAGCGAAAGCCAAAGCCAAACCAACACUGACACCGAAACCGAAACUGAUACCGAAACCUCAGACAAAGCGACGGGCCCUCGCCCGAAAUAUAGAUACAGCUGGCUUCCCAAGACCACUACAGCCACUACCAGACCUGUUUGUGCAAUGGAGCUGGGAAUGGGUGUAUCACCUCCCGUUAUUAUCGACAGUAAGGGUCAACGGCAAGUCAUGGACCCCGAAGCAGAACAACAGCGCCACAAGGAUUUGCAGCAGGCAGUGAAGGAGAAGAUGUACACAGGGACGAUCAAGCCCAGACCGGUAUCCGAUGCCCAUAAUACUCGUCCCUGCGCGAAUUGUUCGGAUGCUGCCAAAUCCACCGGUAUCACUGAUGUAAAUGAGACUGGCCAGCAACUCUCGCGGCGAAGGUCGAUUCUUCGAAAGUUCUCGUUUUUCAGCCUUGCGAAGCUGAAGAAGAAUAUGCCACGAGCGAAGGAGGCGGUCGGGUUUAGUCGGAUUGUAGAUGUUGUCUAGCUUCUUUACAAGUUUUUUUUUUUUUUUUUUUUUUCCCUCUGGGUCUUUCUUC